ACACGUCCGUGCGUACGAAGUGGCCAUUGAGAAAACUCGCAACUGUCUCUCCCGCAGUCAGUCACACGCACACACGUACACACACACACACACACCGUUUCACACACGGCCGGCCGGCACGAGAGUCCGCCGCUCUCACGCUGCAUCCCUCCCUCUCCAUCCGGUGGGCUGUCUGGUCUAUCGAUGGCUGGCUACUCUUUGUACGACCUCUCCCGUCUCGUUGCGUGGGUGAGUCUCCGUGGACGCAUCUAUCACGGUGCGCGGGGCUCGAAGGCCACCCUGCCGAGCCCCACAGCCUUGCCCGCCCUGCGCAUGUCGUCGACGCACUGCUCGACCGUCCACAGUCGGCGGGUCAAAUUGCGGGAGGUCGUCGGGGCCGGCAGAGUGGCCAUGUAGCUGCACACACACACACACAGACAGAGACAGAGAGAGAGAGAGAGACGCGAAGUACACGCACGGACCAUUCGAUAUGAAUGCGUCCGUUCUUCUUCGUUCGUCGUGGGUCCGGUCGUCUCAUGCACUCACUUGGCGGCGACCUCUCCCAUGUACACGGCCACCAUAUGCGUCUUGUUGCGGCUCACGUACGCCUCCGCCACAGGGAUCUCCGGCUCGCUCUGCACAGGGAUCUCCGGCUCGCUCUGCGGUGCGCCCUUGGCCUUCAAACUCUGCAAGUGGUACGCCAGCUUCACCUGCACGGAUCCACACAGAACAACGAUAGAAGCACACAUGAACGAACAGGACAUGACCGCAAGUCAUAGAUGAUGGCUGUAUGGCUGUCGCGCCGCGGUGGGUGGGCUCAUGCACAUACUACGUCACUGAUUGCCAUCGUGCGGGGGCCCUUGAAGACAAGGCUAUCGCUCAGACGCGACGCGACCUCAAGCACCUCGUAUGCACUCUGCAAAAAGCGCACGCACCGCACCAAAUAGAGACGCCACGCACAAAAUGAGAGCCAUUGAAAGGGAGUAGUGUGGGGACUUAUGUCUGGGUUUGUUUGUGCGUACCAGUUUCCCGUCGGCUCCCAUUCUGUCGAGGGGGCAUGCUCCCUCUGUCGCGUACGCCGGGCCCCAUGGCAUGUCGAUGUGCAUUGCGGCGAACUUCUUGCCGAUCGGCUGCCACUUACUGGCGAGGCGGGCCACACCGUCGAAGAAGUCGCCACACGCUAUGCGCACACGCUCUAGGACGCCUACGUACAUGCGCACAUACAGGGAGGGACAGAGAACAAUAAAUGGAUAACCUCAUGCAUACAAGACCCGCCCACUCUUUCGUUCUACGUCGCUGUGCGCACCCACCGUGCGCACUGGCGUUGUGGUGGGCGUCGUUCACGUUGUUCUGGUCGAUGUCGAUGGCCCACACCUUCAGGCCCGCCGCCGCCAGCGACACCGUCUGACCGCCGACGCCGCAGAAGGCGUCGAACACCUUCCCAGCAGGGCAGAAUUGGCAGAUGGCCGCCGUGAUGGCGUCGGCAAUGUACUUUGGCGUCACCGAUUUCCUGCAGGCGCGAUGCAAACACAUAGUACGCACGCAGUGCAAAACCGGGCACGUACACACAGGCGUGUGUCGUCGCUCACCGCAUGGAUGCCAUGUACUUGACCUGUCGCCACACCUUUCCCCACAGCCACUCAUUCGCCGUCUGACAGAAUACAUGCCAUCGCGCACCAAUCAACUCAACGCGCAAAUCCUUCCGUGCACGUGUGUACAUCCCAUCCCCCAUGCAUGCAGUGUGCAUCACAUAGAGUCCCGCGUCUGUAUGCAUCUGUCUUCUUACGUUGGCGUGGGGGCACUCGCGGAUGACGAUGGCCACCUUACCGACGACCUCCAGGCGGUCGGGCGGGGGGGCGUCAGCGCCAGCCGGGUCGGGCAUGGCUGAAGCUACGGCACUAGCUCCGGCACUCGCUGGUAGAUGCCGGGGGUGACCAAUUGGGGGUGACGAUGACGAAGCUACGCCGGGGGAAGAAGGCCGCUGCCCACGGGGCUGACACUCGAAGUCUUGAGAGGUCGCUUGUUGAAAGCCGCUGCAGACAACACAGCUACGAUGAUCAAG